AUGGAUUUUCGUGCCAUCUGGAUCCGCGACCGGUUGUGCAAGAUUCUCGGCGUCUUCGAGCCGCGGUACAUCGAUACGGUGCUGAACGAGCUGUACGACGAGCUGGUGGCCUUUCUGGACGACACCGUCAUCGACCAGCGGGACGAGCACAAGCGCAUCCUGUUCGCGUACCGUACCUUUUACGAGCGGCUUAUCGAGGAAAAGGUGACCGCCUUCGAGCCGGCUACGGCCGGAGCAUCGCAAACCGGAGGCUCGGACCAACCGGAACAGACCCAGCGCGAGAAGAAAGGCAAGAAGGUCAAAGAUAAGAAAAAGGGGAAGCAGAAGAAAGGAAAGAAAGGAGACGCUGACCAUGAGAUUACCGGCGACGCCGGAUUCCUCGGGGCGAGCAAUGAUAAUGAGCUGGUGGAAGUCACGAAAAUCGUCCCGACAUCGAUUAAAACGCCAAUCGUUCACAUUUGCUUCGGCAUCAUCCCGGAGGAGAAAAUCGAUCCCAACGUUCGCUACGUGUAUAUGGUGCGCCGUCUUUGCACUCCGAUCGGUACGUUUCAAAACCUUGAGGACUGCAUGGCGGAAAUGCCACGGAAAGUAAUCGUUGGGUGUAUCCGAGGAAAUUUGAUCCACAACGCGAAGGAAAUGCUGGAGCGGAUCUAUCGGCCAGGCGUGGAAUUUCAAUUCCGUGAACCCGAUACCAAGCGUCCUAGGCCGGAGAAAAGUGCCAGUGCGGAUGAGGACGAAUCUGCCGUGGUACGGGCGUCCAGCAGGAUCAGUGUCGGUCUGAUCGACUACUCGCGGCCCUCGGACUUCCGCAUGAAGGCGAUCCAAGCGAAAAAGCUCGCACCGAGUGCAGCUAUGCGGGAGGAGUCGGCACUGGAGAACAGUAGCCGCCAGUCGCUGGCCGAUACACCCAGCAGCGAGUCGAACCUGACGCAAACGAAGGCUUCCGAGUCAACAACUGGCGACAGCGACGCCAAAGCCGGCGCUCCUCCACUGCAAAGCCCCUCGGAGCGCUGGAGCGUUCUGCUGGAGGAGUCGAAAGCGAAGGUCCGAGCCGGCGAGAGGCCGCAGAAGGACGAGGAAAAGACGAAACUACCUGAGGAGAGCCCUAUGAAGCAGAACCUUGAGACGAACCUGGAGAAGCUCAUCGAGACGCUCCAGUGGACGAUCGAUCAUGUCGAGUGCGCGUUCAGCCUUCCAACACAAUACAAUGCCCCACACCAGGAGAACAUCACCGUGGAUGAGGAUAAGCACAAGAUCAAAGUUGACAUUGCAAGGACAGCGAUCGAGGAUCUGACAACGCUUCAGCUGGAGGAAAUUGUCGAGGGUUGGUCGAUAUACAUCGGCAAAGUGUUGCGCGAGUCGAACGAGAAGGAACCGAUGGACAGCACGCCGAUGGCAGAGUAUAAUCUAUGGGUCGAACGAGAACUGUUGUACAACUCCAUCAUUGAGCAAUUGAAGGCGCCCUUUGUGAUUCAAGUUUUCGAUGCGUUGAAGGACAAUCAGAGUAAUAUCAUGAAAGCUUGGCCUGAUCGUUUUCGUAAAUUAAAAGAAGCGCUCAGUCUGGCAAGGGAAAACGUGGAGCACUUGGCAAUGCUACAGAACUACCUGGAGAAAAUCAAAACCGGUGAUGACUUCAAAUUCAUCCUAUCCAUAAUUCCGAACAUAACGAUCAUACUGAGACACAUUUGGACCAUGUCAAACUAUUACAGCCUGGACGAGAACAUGCUCAGCCUGAUCGGGAAAAUAUCCUUCGUGUUUGCCGAAAAAGUUAAAAUAUUAAUUAAUGUGGAUACCAUUUUCAAGCACUCAGCAUCCCACAUCCACCAGUGCGCAACCAACUGUGCCACUCUACUCCAAGCCUGGAAGCAGUCAUACAUGCAAACACGGACACAGAUAGAGCUUUCCGGUAUCGGGUCGCGCUGGGAGUUUGAUAAGAAUGUGCUGUUCCGUGAGAUCGAUCAUAUGACACGAAUCAGUCGCGAUAUGGCACACAUCGCUCAGGUAUUUCUUGACUUUGAAAAUAUUUUCGACGCCAACUUUAAAGCGAUGAUAACAGACCCGGAAGAGGCAGACAACACACUGAGCAAGGUUUAUCGCCUCAUCAAUCACAUCAUUUCGGUCGACUACGACAUUUUCGCCUCGAGCAAUUUGGCCAACUGGGAGGCCACGCUGGACUACUUCCACAAGGGCGUCGAACAGGUGGAACACGAAGCCAAGGUGGCCCUAGACCGCUGCAUACCAUCGCUCCGGUCCGCCGAACUUGGGCUGGAGCUGAUAAAAAAUUUAGACCGGAUAGAAACAAGACCGGCAUUGGCAAAGCAUUUAUCAUCCAAGUAUGAAAAUAUUAUGAAACAAUUCCUGGCGGAGGUCGGCAUGGUUGAGCAUGAGUUUCUGAAGCAUAAAAAUAAUCCACCCUUGCAGCGCAAUGAGCCGUGCCACGUUGGGGCCGUAUUUUGGGUGCGUUCCCUACUGGAGUUCAUACGGAAAUCUAUGACAGCGUUUAGGGAGUUCGAGGCCAGUAAACGGCACGGCGAAACGUCCCUGCAGCGGACCGCUUUCGGUCAGUACAUGCAGCUGGUGAAAGAGUUCAAGGGGUACGAGAAGGACAACUUUCAGAAGUUUACCGUUCACGGCACGAAGACAGUGAACAGCGUGCUGAAGCGGAACAUUUUGAAGUUGGACUUUUGCGAUACCAUGAUAGAACUUCAAAAAGAAAAGAAAACCUCCAAGUCUAAGAAGGAUCAACCAUCAACCCGCCGUCCGUCAGCGCUGAUGACCGGCAAGGACCGUUCCCGGUACACCAACAUCGCCACGGCCGUACGCUGGCUCGUCAAUCGUCCCGAAGCACCGGACCCACAGCUAGCGCUUGCUCAGAAGCUCGUCCGUGCCGCACGUUACACCCCGUCGCAAGUGUCCUCCGGCAGCGGCACACAAACCCCGGCCAGCGAAUUCAAAAUCAAUCAGGCUCAACUGAUGGUAUCAGCAGUUUCCCAAAAGAAAAUUCCCACGUGGCGUGAGGUCAUCGGUGAAUCGGUGCUCAUCGAGUACAAGCUCAAGUUUGUUCUAAACUUCUCCUACGACAUAUUCGACGUCAUCAACGAAGGUCAACAGUUCGAGUAUUUGGGAUUCACAUUAAGUCCGACCAUUAGGAUGGCCAUUAUGAGAAAAGAUCAACUCUUCUGCGACGUUGAGUGCGUUAGUAAUAUGGUCAAUAAAUACAACGACAUCGUCCUGAAUCUCUCAACACCUGAGGUUCAUUUUUUACGAGGUCAUUUGUAUGAUGUCGAAACCAUCAUCCAAGCUGGACUGGGACGGUUCACUUGGCAAUCCUUCAACAUACAAACCUAUGCUGAAAAAUGUCAAACACUAAUGAAGAGCUUAUCAUCGCUGGUAUCACAAAUUGGGUACAUCAGCAACGACAUAAAAGCGCGAAUCGAGCGUCUGGAGUCGUACGCCAUGUUCGAGCUAGAGGCCGACAAACCCCGGGAGGUACGGGUGGCAGCAGCGGACGUCGUUUUGAAAGCAUCGAGCCAACAAAAGGACCAUCAUCAAGCCCACCAUCCGCCGCACCAUCACGCAUCGCACCGCCAGCAUCAUCCGCAGCAGCAGCAGCAGGACGUUCGCCAUGACAGUGUUACGCCAACGGACGGCUCGGCGCUCGGUUCGGUCAUUGCGUCCGGUCGGGGUGAGGAUGGAACCGACGCAGAGAAGCGUCAGAAACGCCCGAAGAAGGUCUCCAUCAAGGAGACGGACGAUAGCGUCAAGCCAUGCCGCGAUUACUUCGACGCGCUGGAGAAGGAUCGCAAUGCGAAAACGAUCAAGCUGCUGCAGCUGUACGACUCCAUCGGUCCCAUUUUGAUUAAAUUGGAAAGCUUAGUGCUCGGUACGUUCACUGGCGAGUGUCGUGAAAUGAAGUACUACUACAACCACUGGGAAAAACAGGUUUUCGGCUGCUUCACGAGGUUCGCGGCAAAAAAUUUGGAAAAAUUCAUGAACAACUUACUGCAAAACCAACCGUUGUUCGAAGUGGAUGCCAUUUUGACCGUACCAGAAAUCCUCAUGAGGCCAUCAUCUUCUGACGCGUACAGCAUUAUGAUCAAUUCAGUUAAAGAUUUUCUGUUAAGGCUGAAGAACUUCAAACGAUGGAUGGCUGAAACGUGCUUGCCCUGUCCGGUGACAAAGUGCGAAGGAAACGAGUUUUACUUUACCUUUUUCGAGGACGUCGUUCAGAUCCCACGUGUCUGCGAGCUGGUCAUCAACCUGCAACAAACAGUUCAGAAUUUAGUGACCGAGGUUCUUUCUUAUUUAAAAUGUUGGCAGAAGUAUCGCAACCUUUGGAUGUACGAGAAAAUGAGUGUUUGUGAAAAGUUCCUCAACCAAAACGUUUCGCUGGCGCAACUGGACGAGAAGUUUAUUUACUACACGCAGAUCGUAAACGAGCUCGAGCGGCACAAGCCGUUCCACGAUAUCAAGAGCAUCCGGGUUAAUCUAAAACCGCUGAUUAAGGGCAUUGUUGAUCAUGCGGUCGAGUGGCGCAACACUCUGGGGAACAUACUUGCCGAGAGAACCCGCCAGCAGAUGGUGGCCCUGCACGAGCAUAUGAUGAAAUUACGUGUCGAUUUGGAUAAGAACGUGAAAGAGUUAUCACACUUCAAGACGGUCAUGCAAACGAUUCAAAUCAUCCAAUCUACCACGUUGACUGCAGAACUAAAAAUACACGAAAUGCAGGAAAUAUACAGUAUUCUUGAAGAGCAUCGUAUUAAGUUCCCUCUCGGUGACAUGAUAAUGGCGUACCAUUUGGAGAAACGAUGGAAAAAACUUUACCACUCAGCCCUUCUGCGGUCCACCAAGCUGCAGCCGACGAAGGCUAAAUUUGCUGAGAUCACACAAAACGAAAUUGCCACUUUUAAUGGCGAGCUGGCAAAAUUCAUUACCAAGUUUAGAAUGGAAGGACCCGGCACGGUAGGGCUCGAUUUGGACCGAGGUGUUGAGCUGAUGGCCACUUAUGGGAAAGAGAUCGAUUUAAUGGACCGACAACGCAUUGAACUGGAAAAUGCAGAAAAGCUCUUUGACAUCCCAUUAACGGACUACGAGGACUUUUUGCAGUGCAAGCGUGAGUACGAGGAAAUACAGGUGGUGUACAAGCUUUAUGUGCAGCAAAAAAUUGCUCGAGAAAAGUGGUCCCAUACAUUGUGGGCCAAUUUGAAUCCCCAGGCAUUGCUCGAGGGUAUCGACAAUUUCAUGAAGGAGUUUCGACUACUGCCGAGGAAUAUUCGCCAAGCGGCCGUUGGUCAUUCACUGGACACGAAAAUGAAACAGUUCAAAUCGUCCAUCCCACUGAUGCUGAGCCUGAAAGACGAAGCGCUACGAGAGCGCCACUGGCAGAAGCUAAUGGAAAAAACUGGUCAACAUUUCGACAUGUCACCGGACCGGUUCACGCUUGACAACAUGUUCGCGAUGGAACUGCAUAAGUAUCAAGAUAUUGCCGAAGAAAUCAUUAAUAACGCCAUCAAAGAGCUAGCCAUCGAGCGCAGCGUGCAGGAAAUAGCCGAUAUCUGGAAACGGAUGUCGUUCAACAUGGUUCGAUAUGAGAAGAGUGGGCGAAUGCGGGGACAUAUACUAGGUGCCACGGAUGAAAUCAUGCAAGUUUUGGAAGAGAACUCGAUGAAUCUUCAAUCUAUGGCCGCAUCUCAAUUUAUUGGUCCCUUUAUGCCCACGGUUCAACGGUGGGAGAAACAGCUAACACUCAUUUCGGAAAUCAUCGACGAGUGGGUCAGCGUGCAGCGGAAGUGGCUCUACCUUGAGGGGAUAUUUAACGAUGGUGAUAUAAGCAGCCAACUUCCGGAGGAGGCGAAAAAUUUCAACACCAUUGACGAAGAAUUCCGUGAGAUCAUGGCAACGAGCACCGCUAAUCCGUUGGUCGUCGAUGUAUGCCUCGUUCCGGGGCGGUUAGAUGAUUUCCUGAGGCUCGGAGUGGCACUUGAUGGAUGCCAAAAAUCGCUCAACGACUACCUGGAACAAAAACGACGCGCUUUUCCCAGAUUCUAUUUUAUAUCAACCGAUGAGCUGCUAUCAAUCUUAGGCGACAGUGAGCCAACGUCCGUCCAGGAGCACAUCAUAAAGAUGUUCGAUAACAUAAAAUCUUUACGAUUCGCUAAAGAUCGAUUCGACACGCCAACUGUAACGGCCAUGAUUUCCAGCGAGGGCGAAGUGAUGGAAUUCGAGAGUCCUGUGCCCGUAAAGGAGCGGGUGGAAAAUUGGAUGAACGAAGUGCUGAAGGAAAUGCGUCGCACCAAUCGUUUCAUUACGAAGAAAGCAAUCUACCAUUACGGCAAGGAUCGCGAGUUGGCCCGGCCCGAUUGGAUUAUGCAAUACCAGGGCAUGAUUUGCCUGGCGGCGAAUCAAGUUUGGUGGACGGCCGAGGUGGAGGAAGUGUUUGCCAAAGUGCGCCGCGGCAACAAACGUGCGAUGAAGGAAUAUUUGCAAGAGCAAAAUCGGCAGUUGGAUGAAUUAGUGCUGAAAGUCCGAGCGAAUCUCUCGUCAAAUGACCGGCUCAAGUUCAAGACGAUUGCUACAAUUGACGUUCACGCGCGCGACAUUAUCGAGGGGUUCGUCCGCGACAGCAUUCUGGACGCGCAGGAAUUCGGAUGGGAAAGUCAACUCCGGUUCUACUGGAUAAGGGAGAUGGAUAAUUUGUUCGUUCAACAGUGUACAGGAAAAUUCGAUUACGGAUACGAGUAUAUGGGAUUAAACGGGCGGCUCGUUAUUACGCCAUUGACUGAUAGGAUAUAUUUAACAAUCACCCAAGCCUUGACGAUGAAUUUGGGCGGUGCACCAGCUGGUCCCGCCGGAACUGGCAAAACUGAAACAACGAAGGAUUUAGCGAAGGCACUGGCACUCCUCUGCGUCGUUACAAACUGCGGCGAGGGGAUGGACUUCCGCGCCGUGGGAACCGUCUUAUCAGGACUCUCCCAAUGCGGCGCAUGGGGCUGUUUCGAUGAGUUCAAUCGUAUCGACAUUUCGGUGCUCAGUGUCAUUUCGACACAGCUGCAAACCAUUCGCACCGCACUGGUGUCCCGUGUGGACACUUUCAUCUUUGAAGGCAACGAAAUUCAACUCGAUCGAAAGGUCGGCAUAUUCAUCACGAUGAACCCGGGCUACGCUGGCCGAACGGAGCUGCCGGAAUCGGUGAAGGCACUGUUUCGACCCGUCACUUGCAUCAUGCCCGACCUGGAGCUGAUCUGCCUCAUCUCGCUCUUCUCCGAUGGCUUCACCACCGCCAAGGUGCUGGCAAAGAAAAUGACCGUCCUGUACCGGAUGGCGCGCGAGCAGCUGUCCAAGCAGCACCACUACGAUUGGGGCUUGCGUUCACUAAAUGCCGUCCUGCGGAUGGCGGGCCUCAACAAGCGGAAGUCGCCCGACAGCUCCGAGGCGGCCACGCUGAUGCGGACCCUUUUCGACAUGAACUUUCCCAAGUUUGUGUUCGACGAUGUGCCACUAUUUAUGGGUUUGAUAAAGGAUUUAUUUCCAGGUGUGGACUAUCCGCGUGUUGGCUAUCCGGAGUUUAACGAGGCCGUUCGACAGGUGUUUCUUGCGGACGGAAAUGUUAUAAUUCAGAAACAGAUGGACAAGGUUCAGCAGUUGUACGAAACGAUGCUGACCCGGCACUCGACCAUGGUGGUUGGCCCUACGGGAGGAGGGAAAACCGUUGUGAUAAACACUUUAGUUAAAGCCCAGACCAGCAUCGGACUACCGACGAAAUGUACCGUGUUGAAUCCAAAAGCCUGCUCCGUCAUUGAGCUGUACGGCUUUCUGGACCCCAUGACGCGCGAUUGGAUCGAUGGGUUAUUUUCAAAUAUUUUUCGCGAAAUGAACCGACCCACGGACCGGGACGAACGGCGAUACGUUUGCUUCGACGGGGACGUGGAUGCGCUAUGGAUCGAAAAUAUGAACUCGGUGAUGGACGACAACAAGCUGCUCACGUUGGCAAAUGGCGAGCGAAUCCGGUUGAACAGCUACUGUGGGUUACUGUUUGAAGUUGGUGACCUGGCGUACGCUUCGCCGGCAACGGUAUCCCGCGCCGGAAUGGUUUACCUGGAUCCAAAGAACCUGGGUUUUGCCUGCUAUUGGGAGCGCUGGCUGCACAAACGGUAUCCCGAGGAACGCGAAAUUCUUCAGAAGACAUUCGAUGCAAUUGUACCGUGUACGAUCGAUUACAUUCUAGAGGGAGUGGACGGGAAUAGCCAGGAGGAUCCGCUGGAACUGGUGGUACGGCAGACGAACCUUAACAUGGUGGUCCAGCUGUGUCAGUUUUAUGAUGCGCUAUUUCCGAUGAAAACCACCGCCUGUUUACACGACGUUGAUGUGGUCGAAUGUGGAUUUAUCCAGUGUCUCUACCUCUCGCUCGGUGCCGCGUUGCUCGAAGAGUCACGUGUUCGCUUCGACGGGUUCGUGAAGCGCAACCUUCAACUGAUGGCCUGUGAGGACACGCAGGAACGCCCUGCCACCGUCGGUCAGCUUCCGUCCCUGAAACCGACGCUGUUCGAUUACUUUUUCAGCGUUGAGCGCAAAGAGUGGCACGCCUGGGAGUGGGUCAUCCCGGAGUACAUCCACGACGCUAAACUUAACUUUAGCGACAUUCUCGUGCCAACCAUGGACACAAUGAAGAUAGAGAAAAUAUUGGGCAUGAUGAACAACGUCCGGCGCCCGGUAGUUCUGGUUGGAGACCCGGGCACCUCGAAGACGGCCGUCAUAACACACUUCCUGCGGCAUCUCAGUCGCGACUCGUUCCUGGUCCUGAAUAUCAACUUUUCAUCGCGCACCUCGUCGAUGGACGUGCAGAAAACGAUCGAGGCCGCGGUGGAAAAGCGAACGAAGGAUAUUUUUGGCCCACCGGUUGGCAAGAAGCUGGUUACGUUCAUCGACGACAUGAACAUGCCCCAGGUAGACAGCUACGGCACGCAGCAACCGAUCGCGCUGCUCAAGCUGCUACUGGAACGAGAAGGAAUGUUUGAUCGGACUAAGGAUUUGAGUUGGAAAAAGUUCAAAGAUAUGUCAUUCAUCGCCGCUAUGGGUCGCGCCGGUGGUGGUCGGAACGAGGUCGAUUCACGUUUCGUAUCAAUGUUUUCCGUGAUCAACAUACUGUUUCCCAACGAUGACACGCUGCACCAUAUCUACAUAUCCGUGCUCAAAGGACACCUGCAGUCGUUCGCCGGAGAGCUGAGCGAACAUGCCCAUAAGCUGGUCAGCAUAACGCUGGCGUUGUUCAAAACGCUCGUCACAAAGCUGCCGCCAACGCCGUCAAAGUUCCACUACAUUUUCAACAUGAAAGAUCUGUCACGAAUAUUUGCCGGCAUGCUGCAGAUUCAUCCAAGUUUCUUCAAGGAAACGCGCCACCUCGUGCGUGUCUGGCGGAACGAGUUCUCGCGAGUCAUUUGCGAUCGUCUGAUAAAUGAGCAUGAUCAGCAGUUCCUCGCCGAGCAGAUCAGCGAGCAGAUCAUGGAACAGUUUCCCGUACCGCGCAGCUUCCGGCACACGGUUCAGGGUGAUCAGCGGCAGGGACGGCUGGAAUCGCGCAUCAAGAGUGCCGUCGUAGAGCUGUCGAUCGCUCAGUACGCACUACGCAACCCACUUCUCUUUGGUGACUAUCGAAACGCGGUAAACCCGGCCGAAGAGCGAUUCUAUGAGGAUCUGCUCGACUACGAGGCCAUCUACUUUCUGUUCCAAGAAAUACUGAUGGAGUACAACGAACAGCGAACGAAGAUGAGCUUGGUUUUGUUUGAGGAUUGUCUUGAGCACCUGACCCGAGUUCAUCGGACAUUGAGGAUGCAUCGUGGCCACGUCAUGCUGGUAGGAAUUGGUGGAUCGGGAAAACAAAGCAUAACGCGCCUGGCAGCGUUCGCCGCCGGUUGCGAUAUCUUUGAAAUCCUUCUCAGCCGCGGCUACAAUGAGGCGUCAUUCCGCGAGGAUCUUAAGACGCUGUUCUUGCAAGUUGGAGUAAGAAACAGCAAAACUUGCUUUAUUUUCAAAGCAGCUCAAAUUGCGGAAGAAGGAUUUCUGGAGUUCAUAAAUAAUAUUUUAACCACUGGAAUGGUGCCAGCCCUGUUUACCGACGACGAAAAGGAUCAGAUAAUUGGUCAGUGCCGGGGGGCAGCGCAGGAGAGCGGCUACGCGACAAGCAAGGAUGGCGUUUGGUCGUUUUUCCUCGAUCGGGCAGUCCGGAACCUGCACGUGGUGCUCUGUAUGUCGCCUGAAGGGGACGCGCUACGCAACCGGUGCCGCAACUUCCCCGGACUGGUCGGCAGCACCACCAUCGACUGGGUCUUUCCGUGGCCCCAGCAGGCACUAUUCGCAGUCGCCAAAGUUUUCCUCACCGACCAUCCGAAGAUUCCGGAAAAUUAUCGAGAGCCUAUCAUUGCACACAUCGUGCACGUGCAUCAAUCCCUUAAGGACUACCUGCUGCAAUACUUAAUGAAGCUACGACGGAAGAAUUUUGUUACACCGAAGCACUACCUAGAUUUUAUCAACACAUAUUUGAAAUUGAUUGAGGAGAAAGAUAAUUUCAUCAUGCAACAGUGCUCUCGACUAUCGGAUGGAAUCGAGAAAAUUAAUGAAGCCUCACUUCAGAUCGAUCAAUUGAGUAUCAUCGUUGAGGAGCAGCGGAAAAAUGUCAUCGAAGCGGCGGACCGUUGUGAAUCGAUGCUCGCCGGAAUUGAGACGUCCACCGAGAAGGCUAAUGUUAAGAAGCUGGAAGCGUCGGAAAAAUCGGUCGAGGUGGAGCAGCAGAAGAAGAUUAUUACUGUUGAAAAGGCGGAAGCGGAGGAAGCGCUAGCAGCCGCCCUUCCCGCUCUGGAGGUCGCUCGAUUGGCUUUGUCGGAUCUGGACAAAUCGGACAUCACCGAGAUUCGCAGCUUCGCUACACCGCCCGAGCCGGUGCAGGUCGUUUGUGAGUGUGUGGCCAUCAUCAAAGGAUACAAGGACAUCUCGUGGAAAACGGCCAAGGGCAUGAUGUCGGAGGGAAACUUUUUGCGUAGUCUUCAGGAGCUCGAUUGCGACGCCAUCACACAGAAGCAGGUUGCAACAGUGCGAGCCAACAUGAAGAGAUCUCAAAAGCUGGAAGAAAUGCAAAACAUCUCGAAGGCCGGCUACGGCCUGUUGAAGUUCGUACGAGCCGUGCUCGGCUACUGCGACGUGUUCAAGGAGAUUAAACCGAAAAAGGACCGCGUUGCGUUCCUAGAAUCGGAAUUGAACGGCCAGAUUCGGCUGCUGGUGAAAUUGAACAACGAAAUCGGCAAGCUGGAGAAUGAGCUGGCCGAACUGAACAGUAAAUACGCCAACGCGAUCAAGGAAAAGCAGAUGCUGCAGGAAAUGAUGGAACAGGCGGAACGGCGUUUGCUAGCAGCGGACAAGCUGAUAUCGGGGUUGAGCUCCGAGAGGGACCGCUGGGUGAUUGAUCUGGGCAAGCUGCGGGUGGAGCGUACGAAGGUCAUCGGAAAUGCGCUAAUGUCCGCUUCCUUUCUGGCCUACAUGGGACCAUUUUCGUGGGAGUUCCGGAAGGCGAUUCUCUUGGACGAUUGGCUCAGCAGUGUGGUCGAACGAGAGGUCCCGUUCACCGAACCUUACAGCGUCAACGGGGCUCUUUCGAGCGAUCUGGAGCAUAGCACGUGGACCUCGGAAGGACUGCCACCGGAUGAGCUGUCGGUACAGAAUGGAAUACUCACCACGAGGGCGUCUCGAUUUCCGCUCUGCAUCGAUCCACAGCAGCAAGCGCUGUCGUGGAUAAAGAAGCGUGAAGCGCCAAACAACCUUAAGGUGCUGUCGUUUAAUGAUAAGGACUUCCUAAAACAACUUGAGAUGGCCAUCAAGUACGGCACGCCGGUACUCUUCCAGGAUGUGGAUGACUACAUCGAUCCGGUGAUAGACAAUGUGCUGGAGAAAAACGUCAAAGUACAGGGUGGCCGCCAGACUGUUACCAUCGGUGACAAAGAGGUGGACGUGGACGCUAACUUCCGGCUCUAUCUGACCACCAAGCUGGCGAACCCGAACUUUGAUCCGGCCGUGUAUGCAAAGGCGCAAGUUAUCAACUACACGGUAACAGUGAGUGGGCUCGAGGAUCAACUAUUGAGUGUGGUCGUGCGAUCUGAACGGUCCGAUCUGGAAGAGCAGCGCGAAACGCUCAUUGCCGAAACGAGCGCCAACAAGGCGUUGCUGCAAAACCUUGAGGAUUCGCUUCUGCGUGAACUUGCGACAUCGACGGGAAAUAUGCUGGACAAUGUGGAACUGGUAACGACGCUCGAAAGCACCAAAGAGAAAGCGGCCGAAGUGUCACAGAAGAUUGUGCUGGCGGAGCAAACAUCGAAAGAGAUUGAUCACCUGCGUAACGGAUACCGACUUGCAGCGCAACGUGGUGCGAUUCUGUACUUUGUGCUCUCGGACAUGGCCGCUGUCAAUGCGAUGUACCAGUACUCCCUCAGCUCAUACCUGGAGGUGUUCGUCUACUCCCUAAGGAAGGCCGUACCGGACAAUGCGCUCUCGAAGCGGCUGGAUAAUAUCAUCAGCACGCUUACACGCAACGUGUACGAGUACGGCUGCAUUGGCAUUUUCGAAAAGCACAAGUUGCUCUACUCGUUCCAGAUAACGAUUAAACUCGAACAGACUGGUGGCCGGUUGUCGCAGGCCGAGAUUGACUUCUUCAUCAAGGGUAAGGUUUCGCUGGAGAAAACGGACCGAGCCUGUCCGGUCACGUGGAUCAGUGAGAAAGGCUGGCAGGAUAUUGUGAUGCUGGCCGAAAUGUUUCCGGAGAAGUUUGGAGAUUUACCCAGCCAUAUUGCAGGAAAUAUCUACGAGUGGAGUAGUUGGUACGAUACUGAUGAAACGGAAGGAUACGAAUAUCCAGGGGGUUUUGAAGAACGAAUGACACCGUACGAUCACCUGCUGCUGAUGAGAUGCCUCCGCGUGGACCGCGUGUACCGGAUGCUGAACAACUACGUCUCGCAAACGAUGGGGGAAGAGUUCAUCACCCCACCGAUACUGAGCUUUGAUUCGAUCUACGAACAAUCAGCGGCAACCACACCGGUGGUGUUCAUACUCAGCCCCGGGUCCGAUCCCACCAGCGACCUGAUGAAGCUGGCCGACCGCUGUGGUUUUGGGGCUAGCAAGUUUAAACACAUCUCACUCGGCCAGGGCCAGGAGAGGGCCGCGCUGCGGUUACUCCAGCUCGCCCUCGAGCAGGGUUUGUGGCUGAUGCUCCAGAACGGCCACCUGCUGAUCAGCUUCAUCCGGACGCUGGAGAAAAUCAUCGAUUCCAUCGAGACGCCCCACCCGGACUUCCGCCUCUGGAUAACGACCGACGCCACGCCGUCCUUCCCGAUCGGUAUCCUGCAGAAGUCGCUGAAAGUCGUUACCGAGCCGCCGAAUGGAUUGAAGAUGAAUUUGCGAGCCACAUUUUUCAAACUGCGCCAGCAAACGCUGGACUCCUGCGCUCACCCGGCCUUCAAGCCAUUAGCAUACGUGCUGGCAUUCUUUCACGCCGUGCUACAGGAACGGAGGAAAUACGGAAAACUGGGAUGGAAUAUUUGCUACGACUUUAACGAGUCCGAUUUCAACGUGUGCCUGCAGAUCCUUGAUACGUACCUGACAAAGGCGGUCGACUCACGCGACGGUCGCCUACCGUGGAACAGUCUAAAGUACUUGAUUGGCGAGGUCAUGUAUGGCGGGCGAGUAAUAGAUGACUUCGACAGGCGCGUGGUGAAAACGUACAUGGACGAGUAUAUGGGCGACUUCCUGUUCGAUGCAUUCCAACCGUUCCACUUUUACGCCGACGAGACCGUCUCGUACGCCCCGGUUGCGGUAUCUAACCGGGACGAGUUUAUUGUCGCUAUCGAUAAACUGCCCCUCAACAAUACUCCGGAAGUGUUUGGUUUGCAUGCAAAUGCAGAAAUCGGUUACUAUACGACGGCGGUGCGCGAAACUUGGACCCACCUGAUUGAUUUACAACCGCAGACCGGAUCGGACACGGGCGGCAUCGGGCGGGACGAGUUCAUCGACAGGGCGGCCGUGGACAUCCUGAAAAAGCUGCCGAAGCCGUUCGAUAUCUGGCGGGUGAAGAAGGCGUACCAGGUCAACAUAACGCCCAUCUGCGUGGUGCUGCUGCAGGAGCUGGAGCGCUUCAACCGGUUGGUGCAGCGCAUGGAGCAUACACUCCACCAGCUGCGGAAGGCGCUGGCCGGCGAGAUCGGCAUGGACGCGGUACUCGACAACGUCGCUCAUGCAUUAUUCAACGGCCAGCUGCCGGACGACUGGCGCAAGCUGGCCCCGGCCACCUGCAAGCAGCUCGGCGAUUGGAUCGAACAUUUGCUGCGAAGAUCACAGCAGUAUAAAUAUUGGUCGGUGUCGGGCGAACCGCUGGUGAUGUGGCUGUCCGGGCUGCACAUACCGGAAAGUUAUUUAACCGCGUUAGUUCAGAUCGCUUGCCGAAAGAACAACUGGCCCCUGGACCGUUCGACGCUGUUCACCACCGUCACGAGGUUCCUGCGCGAGGACGAAAUCGAAGAGCGGCCCGAGGCGGGCUGCUACGUGACCGGUUUGUACCUCCAGGGGGCACGCUGGGAUCCGGAAAACCGAUGUCUGACACGUUCGAUACCGAAAGUGCUGGUCGAACCGUUGCCCGUCCUCUCGAUUGUCCCGAUAGAAACCCACCGGCUGAAGUUACAAAACACAUUCCGGACGCCGGUGUACACUACCUCGGAGCGUCGAAAUGCUAUGGGCGUCGGUUUGGUGUUUGAGGCUGAUCUGCGAACGGAAGAACACGAAAGUUUGUGGGUUUUGCAAGGCGUUUGUCUGACAAUGAAUUUGGAUUAG